AUGAUAGAGAAAAAAGAUGAUGCUGGUAAUGGUAAUGACGCUGAAGGAGGUAAUAUUAAAGGAGGUGAUAAUGAUAAUGAUGUUGAAGAAGGUGAUAAUAGUAAUGGUAUUAAAGAAGGCGAUGAUAAUAAUGGUGUUAAUAAUGAUGUUGAUAAUGGUGUUGAAAAAGGUGAUGUUGAAGAAGUUGAAAGCGAAGAACUCAUUACUGAUGAAAAUAGUGAAGUUUCUCGAGAUGAAUACAAACUGGAUAUCUUAUUUGAUGAAGAUGGUGAAAAAGAUGACAAAGAAUUGAAUACUGGCACUUUAUUAUUGCUUUUUGUCAAAUCCGAAUCAGAUUCAGUAGGAAGCUUGCUUUCCAGCGAAAUAGUUGGUUUUUGUCCACGUUUCAACAUCACAAAUGAUUCCGAAGAAUGA